AUGCCCUCAAAGUUCAAGAUCCAACAAACACCGCUAGAAAAGCACACUGCCUUCUUUGAUACAGACGGAGACGGUAUCAUUUGGCCCCUGGACACCUUCGCCGGCUGUCGUGCCAUUGGCUUCAACCUCUUAACUGCUGCACUAUCUGCAAUAAUCAUUCAUUCUGGGCUGUCGUACGUCGUGUGGGCCACCAUGCGGUUCCCUGACCCAUUGUUCAGGCUCCGUGUCGACAAGAUGGAAAAGGCUAUGCACGGCUCCGACUCCACGAGCUACACCGCCCAAGGCGACUUCGACGAAACCCGUUUCGACCACACCUUCGAAUUGUACACCCAGCCGCCGCACACCAGCAUGUCGUUUGGCGAGGUCAUUACCAUGUUAAACGGCCAGCGAAAUGCUUAUGAUUUCUUCGGGUCGUUCGCGGCGCUGUUUGAGUGGCUCGCGAUGUAUCUGCUCCUGUGGCCUGCUGAUGGGCUCAUGAAGAAAGAAGACAUCCGCGCUAUCUACGAUGGGUCCCUGUUCUACACCCUUGCCCAGUCACAGAAUGGCUCCAAGAGCAAGAACAAUGAAUAG